AUGCAUGAAUUCGCCCUCUAUGGCCAAGUGCCCCGGGAACUCCAUCAUCGCACACUGCAGCAACUCGCUGGAUACACACGUAUGCAGCCCGUUGAUGCUUCGGAAAUCCACUUGGUCUUCAAGGCGCGUCAACCACCUGGUCUGGACAAACUCCCGUCUGCAGGCGGUAACCAAGGUGUUCUACAACCAGAAGUGCAACGAUGGAGAAACAUGCUCAAUGCCAGCUUGUACUAUGUCCAGCUUGUUGGAGAGAUCAUGCCUGCGAAAUCUUCCUAUGAUAAGAAGGCUUCAACUCAGAAUGGCGAGGUGUCCAUGACCAACGGUGGGAGCGGCGGUGAUGCCAAGCCUGACAUCCACUGGACUCUGGAAUUUCGAGAUACUCCAGACCCGGGCAAGCAGGCUGUCAGCACAAGGCUGAUCUCUCGCACCCCUCUCGAUGAUGGCAAUCUGGUUACUUUCUUGGAUCACUUCGGCUAUGAAUAUGUUUCUCGCUACAUGCUCACCGGUUCAAAGUUCUACGAUAUCGACACUACUCUUUAUCUCCAUAAAGUGCUUGUCCUACCGCAAACUUCCGUGGAAUCUGCCAUGACGGAUUUGUCCUUUCUCUCCAAUAUUUCCGAGCUUCCAGAGUUGGAUGGUUCUGGUGGUGCUUUAUUACAGACAUCUAUUGAUGUCGUCGACGGCAACAAUCCUGAACUCAAGGACAAAGCUACCCGCCAACUGUUGGCUCUCAAGGAAGGCUUCAAGCAAGCCGUUGACCUGACACCGGGUGACCGACUUGCUCUUGAUACUCGGUUGAUUGUGAACCGCAGAAACUGA